AUGCACUGGAUUCUUAAUAAGACAGAAAAUGUCUUUAAAGACGUCUUCUACGAACCUGCAAUUCGUGCUGCAGCUUCAGCCUGCGACUUUGCGCAACCGGCGCGCGAGCUGAUGCAGACGCUGCAGGGGAUCCGCGCCCUGCAGAAGAGGAACAGCAACAGUCCAAAGGAGUCGCUGCUCCCUCUUCUGCUUACUGAAAAGGGUAGAGCCGCUUUGGAAGCGUUCAUUGCUGCAGUUGACAAGCAAGUGCUCGGCAGCUUGUGCGCCAGCUGGGAACGCAGUGGCGUGCUGCAGACGCAGGCAGACCCUGAGCAGCGACAGUACGAGGGCGCCCCACCACGUGUGCGGCAGCUGUCCGCGCGCAACACGGGAAAAGACGCGGGCACUCCGAUGGCCCUUUCUUCCUACGCAGAUGCGGCAGGGCGGGGAGACGUACACCCCAAGGCUUCGUCGAACGCCCCGCUGUUCUUGCGGGCUUCAGAUGUUAAGGCUGCCCGAGCAGUCAUUGCUAAGCAUGGUUUUGUUGUUAUAAAGAAUGCCCUCACUCCCGAGCAGCUACAGAAGGUGCAGGAAGCCACAUUUUCUGCCAGCGAAACAGCGUCAGAUGGAGGACCCCAACAUUUACUGUACCAGGCCUACCUAUGGUUGUUUGUCUCUGAGAUGCAGACGGUAAACGCAGAUGCACUGGCGCUUCCGCAGUCGUGGCAUCGCGACAAUUCGCACCGGGGGCUAACUGUGGUCCUCCCAUUAGUGCCUAUAAACUCCGGCAACGGCCCCACGGAACUGCUCCCCGGGUCGCACUUACUCAGCGGCGAGGAAGGAAACAGUUGGCUUCAGUGGCUGCGCUCACUACCGGCGUUUUUAAAGGCUGCUGUUGAAGGAGGGUCUACAGUUAAGGCCGAAAUCGAACCAGGAGAUGCACUUGUCUAUGACUCCAGGCUUCUACAUCGGGGCCUAGAUAUCCUUCGCUCCCUUGGAGCGUCUGCAUUUGGCCGGGCAGUGGGCGGAUUCUUGAAUAUGUAUGAAAAGCUAUAG